AUGACCACUGGCUUUGCGGCGUACACGCCCAAUGGUUCUAGUACUGACAUGCUCGGUGAUGAGUUGUUGCCGCAUGGUAGCAGCGCCAGGAGUGACUUCAAUGCUCUGGAACAAUUGCUGAGUCCUGGGUUCUCGCUUUUGGAUGACCAACCACAGGUGUUUAUUGCAGAGUAUCCGAGCAGCAUGAUUUUGGGGGACGUCUUCGACAAGCACGAUAUGGUCACGCUCAUUGAUUGA